UAUGUGUCAUGGCUUUUUCGCGCCAGACAAUUGUUGCAUGUUGCAAAUGUGUUGUGCACUCGUAUAAAUACCCAAAUAUUGAUGUUCUACUAGCGAAUAAUUAUUCUGUUAAUAAGCGCUGGCGAGGAAUCGUUAGCGAUGAAGAAUUUGACGCAUUACUUCGUGAGCCCGCCAAAAACGCGGCAAGAAGUUACCGCUUCACCAGGGGAUAACCAAAAUUCGGCUACACCAUCAAACGCGGAUGGCGACAAGAAAUACGCUGCUUCCGUUGACUGUACAAGAGAGGAAGCUGAGCUCGGUAGCGGGAAGAAGACACCGGUGAAAAGACGCCUGAGGGUCAAGUUAAAAAUAUCUGUAAACGACUCGAGGACAACGCGGUGUGACAUAAUCAACAACAAGGAUGACACCGUGGAAAAAACCCCCAGUCCGUUUGCGGUGCACAGCUCCAAUACACGUAGCCCAGUCUCCGGAAAUGAGGAUUCUACACCCUUUAUUGACAGUUGUGCCAAAGACAAGGUGACGCCAAACGCCUUCAAGGUUCUCAUGAUGGGUAAGAAGCCGCUGCGCCUCAAUAUGCUGCCCACAUCCUCACCGCGAGAUGGUGAAAAUAACAUCAACAGGCCAAAGGAGCACAAGAAAAAGUUGAAGGACAACCAGCGCAAGCUCAUUGUCACGGCUGAUGAGAAAGGCUAUUCCAAGCGCAAAAACACUGAGGCUGAUGAGAUCGAAGUCAUCGAGAACAGGCCUAAAAAGCGUGCAAAAUUAUUCGACCGCAAGGAGGUCGAAAAUCAAGGAAAGAAUAGCGAUAAGAGAGCGAAGCGGAAAGGUGAAGCAAGAAAGAACACAGCACAAGGUUUUCUUAACAGUAUGCGGAGUAGCAAUAGCGAUAAAGGUGUCGAAAUAGAAGAGGACCAAGCAAAAGAAGGUACGUGCCCUGUAGCUAAGGACCUUGUAGUCAGACAACCUCCAAGUCUAUCGUUAUCUAUGUCAUCGUCAUCCUCAUUCUCCACAGAUAAUACACUCAAAACUAAAACCAAAUGGACUAUGAGGGUUCAAUUGCAUUCUCAAUCUGACAAUGAAGAAGUGAGAGAUGGUAGUUCCAGCGACUAUGAUUACAUAUUCACCCCCAAGACCAAAGUAAAGUUCCGAAAAACUAAAAUACGAUCAAAUAACAGGGAAGGAAAAACUGAGGAGAGGAGAAAGUCGAUGGAAUGCAAAAAGCAGGAUAAGACAAAUGAUUCAAGAAACGCCACAAAUUCAGUCUCAAAAUUUGAUUCCGAAUUAUCUCAGACACGAGAAAUGAAGCACCAAAGUCGCAGGAAAAAUAAAGUGAAGAAAGGUAAUAGAAAUAUUGACGAGGAUAUCAAACAAAGUACAGAUAAGAAUCCUCUCAUAGACACAAUAGAAAGUAGUAAAACGAAUGUGAUUAAAAAUCCUGGUGAGCAGAGUAUUAUAGUCGUAAACGAAAUUAUGGCAGAAAGUAACGAUUGCCCUGCCAUGAUGGUGAAGAAAAAACUCGCACCUUUAUUUGUCAAAAAAUCCAAGCCAAAUUCAGCAACUGUUGAAGCACGGCGGAAUUUUCUGCUAUCCGGUAUCCCAGAAAACUUAAAAAAAAUAAUAUCUGAACCGAGAACUUGCUACAAUGACAUCGGAUCAUCGACAAUGCCCUUUCCCAUGGUCAGUCACGUUUCCCAGCUACCGGCUGAACCAGAUUCGGAGGAAAUUAGCUGUCAGACUUUGCACAAACGUAAACAAGAACUCCCGCUACUCAGUUUUUCAGUCAAUUCGAGCCACUUCAAGUCUCUUUUUGACUGUAAAGAAGCUCUGCCAAAGGUCAUGGAAAAAUCUGAAUUAAAUGAAAUCGAUCGUGUCGAAAAAAUUAAUUUUGAAAGCGUGUUAACAGACAUUGAGUCGCGUUGUUCAGAGACGAGAACGAUGUGGGCGAGUAUAUCAUCGUCUCUAAAUCACAAGGCGAAAAGAUCGCCAAGAAAACGUACCAAGAAGCUCAGUCUCCAAAGAAAUAGCAACAAUCCGCAAGAGGAAGAAAAUUCAGAAAACCAAAACCCAACCUGGACUUGUAAAUAUAAACCGAUAAGUUCUGGCGAAGUUGUUGGUAACGACGAGGCAGUUACUAAAUUACGGAACUGGCUUAGCGGAUGGCGGUUACCUUCACUCACUGACGAUCACAGCAGUGGUGACGAAUUUUACUCAACAGAUUGUGAUAGCCAUAAUUCUUGCGAAAACAGCCAAGUCGCUGUUCUGCUUGGGCCGCAUGGCAGUGGAAAAACAGCUAGCGUCUAUGCCAUUGCUGCAGAACUUGGAUACAGAGUACUAGAGGUGAAUGCAUCGUCCAGGCGUACAGGUAAGAAAAUUACAACCGAUUUCCAAGAGGCCACUAAAUCGCACCGAGUAAAGAGGGUUCAGGGAUCCUUGUCGGUACCAAUGAAGAAACAGCCUCUUGACAAAAAAGUGCCGCAGAAGUCUCUGAUUCUGAUCGAAGAUGUGGACCUUAUCUUUGAGGAAGACGAGGGGUUUAUCUCGGCAACUUUUCAGCUGGCCGCCAACACUAAAAGACCAAUUGUCAUGACCUGUAAAGAGACAUGUCCACAUCUCAACAAAAUGGCUCCCCAUCAACAAUUCAUUCAUUUUCAAGCAGCUAAAGGAGACAGAGUCUCGGCAUUAUUAGAAUUAAUAUCAUUAGCUGAAUCUGGGUAUCGACUCCCUCAACCUUGCUUGAAUAUCCUUCUACGAAAUGGAGAUUUAAGACAAUCGUUGCUACAACUUCAGUAUAUUCUGCUAUCUGGACCACCAAGUACUUCUCAACUGCAUUCAAACACCAUGGCAACUUUAUGGCCAGACAUGCAGCCUCUGCUCUAUAAACCGGCGAUUAAGCUUAGCAAGAAAUAUAAAAAAGAAAAAUUAAAUGAUAAGGCAAUCGCCGAGAAAAACGCUAAACUAGUCAAUACACUGGCAGAAAAGUUAGAUACUAUUUCUUUAAUAUCGUCAUUAACAGAAACGGAGAAUCCUGCGGCACCUCCUUGGAGCCAAAAAUUGAAUGCCAGCCUGUCUCUUACGGAAGACUUUAAUCCAUACUCAAAUUUUACUGAUCUUGGUAAUGACAUCGCUGAAUGGCUAUACCGAUUUUCAUUCAAAUCUGAACAGUCUGUCAGCCCGACAAAUUUUGACUGCAUUCAUCAAUUGGCUGUAAAAAGAAAAGUGAAAUUGGGGGUCGAUUUCGCGUUGUCACAAGCCAUUCCUUCAACUCUAGAACAUAGAUCUACAGCAACAGAUUAUUUACCCGUUGUAAGAACUAUCUGCAGAACUGAACAAAACCGAGCAAAAGCUAAUACCAAACGGGGAAACCGAUUUCACAAUUAUUUACACGGCCUAAACCUGACAUCUGCAUCAAAUAACGUACUCGCUGCAGCUAGCACUGUUUUUCAAGAUAAACAUACAUGACUAAAUUUGAGUUUAAUUUAAUCAGCCCUAAUCCGGGAAUCAGUUAGCUUCAUUUCCGACUUAUAGUGCCUUAAUAACUUAUUAUCGCGAUUCCAGAGGUCCAAUUUUAAAUUGUAUGAUCCGAUCUCAUUGAACCUGACAAUGAUUUAAGGUAAAAUGCGGGUUGAAAUCGAAUCACAAUUGAAUGGCCAGUUUAUUUUAUGCUGCGGAAACAACUUUCCACCAUCGUCAAAGCUUAUCUCAAAUGUCCGGCUAUCUCAGAUUCCAGCAUAUCUUUUUUCUAUCUAUUUUUAUUUUGCCUAACAAUCCCUGAUUCAAAUUUUUCAAGUUCUCAUCUUUUGAUCUUCAGCAUCUUCGCAAAAGUAAAACAAAAAAUUUUUUCUCUUCCCAAUGUUCUUGUUUUCAAAUAACGAACGAAUGCUUCUCAUGGUUAAUCUAUGUAUUGCCAUUAAUAUUUUUCGUACCAUUAUUACUAUUUUUUUCAUAUGUUAAUUGAAGUAGUAAGUUGUUCCUGAACUUCAUUGUCAACUAAAUUAUUGGAUUUAUUUUCCAAAAAUUGGUAGAGUUUACACAGAAUUUAUUGCAGAUGUGGAUUUUUCAUCACGAAUAUUUUUAGACUCAGGUAAUUUAACAAAAACUACAGAGACUACUCUCAGACGUGACUACAAAAUAUAACGCAAUAACGAAGUAUACUCAUUGAGUUUUAUCAAUACAACUAAUUUACUUUAAUAUUUUCAUGAUUUUUUACUGCACUGUUGUUUGGUUAUCCAUUACACGUCAAUUUCCAUGUUAUGCGAUUUCAAGAACUUUGGUUGUGAAAACAUUUUUUAUUUAUUUAUUAGUGAACAGUGUUUCGAAAAUGAGUUAAUUGUUGGUAACGAAUCAAAUAGUUGUAAUCAACUCGUGAAUUGAUCUGAAAUUUUCUUUCUUUCAAAAUAAAUCAAUUCUAUCAUUACAACUGUUCUGUGCCGGAUUUGAAGUUGUUGAUGGCCUGAGUUUUGUAGUAAACAACAUCUUCGAAAAUGUAAUUUUAAUCUGAAAUUUUCUGUAGAUAAUUCGUAAAUCAUAGUAACAUCUUUGAGAAAAGAAUCAAAUUUAUUUUACCGUUGUAAAGGUGACCUAUUAGUGAUAAUAUGCAUUUGGUGAUGCAAUAAUGUAUAUACUGUGAAUAGGAUACGUUGUGCCUAAUCUAUGAUGUAACAAUAAUGCAUUGAAAAAUAUUGGUAUCGAUAGGUUUUCGACUUUUGUAUCAAAAAAAUAUAAAAAUUAUUUAUUUUAAA